CCGAGAAUAAAUUGCGGUUGAAUAAUAUAAAGCUUCAUUUCCAUCUGGAUUUUCGUUAUUUCAGGUUUAUCUGUGCCAAUACAAACAUUUGUUCAAACGACGAGAGCAGCAUUUGGGAGUACGUGGCAAGGUUUCGUUGUUUUAAGGUAAAAAGUUAAUAUCGAUAUGUUAGUUCAACUUCAGAUUAAAUGGCACUGUAUUAUUUAUAUAUGCAUGCAUGGAUGUGCUUGACUAGAUAGUUCAGAAGCGUCGAGGCUUGAGCAUUAAAUGCCCUAGUUAGUUGCUUUUGAACGAGAACACCUAGGUUACAUUGAGAUCUAAUAAUUAUAUAUAGCAGUAACGACUUUUGUAAUCGAGAAAUUUGAUUGAAGACUGGACAAUUUAACUUGCAAUAUUUAUCAUAUAGAUUGCAAUAUUUAUCAUAUAAUGAACAUUAGUGAUGUUUGAAUGCAUCGUAAAGUUAAAAUACUGAGGUAAUUAUGUAUUAUUUAAACAAGCGUGAUUCUUGCAAGGUAAAAAAACUUUAAAACAAUAGGAUGAGACCAGAUCAUCAGAAUGUAUAUGUAGUCAUCUAUAUGUACGAUUCACUUUGCUCAGUAACAACAAUCUCUUCGAAGUUUGGUUUGGUUUAAUAUGUCAUUUGUAGGUGCAUGCGACGUUUUUUUUCCAAGAAACUCAGAUACUCGUGACCGUACAUGCAGGAUUUAUAAAUAUUCCAAGAAAAAUAAAACAAGAAAUAAAAUCAGGAUUAUAAUUUAUAGAUCGUUGCAUGCAACAGUAUUUUGAGAUAAAAAUCGCAUAACAUUUCGCAUGACAUAAGAAAUUAUAACAAUAUUUUGACAUUUCUAAAGAAAUUAUAACAAAAUAUAACAAUAUUUGAAUUUGACAUAUUACCGAUUAUUGAGUAUUGCGAUUAUCUAGAAAGUGUAUAUAUGACAUCCACUGUAUAUAAUAUGUUGAACCAUUUUUGCAUGUUUUGUUCCCGAGUGAAAAUUUAGCAAAACAAUGUCAAUAAUGUUGCUUUAUAGUUAAAGGCUUUUUGCAUGGCAUGGACUUGUAGUGUACAAUUUUCAAUUUCUAUCCAAGGGCGUAGCCGGCCAGGGGAUAUGGUCGCCUGGAAAUUUUUUCUAUUUUUACGGUCUGCGAAACGCUAUUUCUCUCUGUAGACACGUUUUAUGAUAAACUGAAAGCCACAGAUAUGUUAUGAUAUAUGCCCCUCCCCCACGUUUUGUCAGCUUUACACAAUUGGACCUGAAGAAUUCCACAAUUGUUCCUGCAUGAAGAAAGUGUGUGUGGGUCGGGGGGGGGGGGGACAGUUGGCCGAUUUAUUUUCAAAACAAUAGAGUAAACAUAUCAAAAUAUCAAAUAUGUACAUAGUAUGUUGGUAUUAUUUUCUAGUGAAACCUGAGGUGGAAAUAUGGAAAAGUCGGCACCUGUGAAAGUAAUUUCCAUUCAUGAAAUAGCUCCUCUCCAAAAUAGAAUUAUCAAUGAGCUUAGAACUAUAUACGGAUCGGAAAAAAUUCCAAACGGUUAGUAAAAUGUUAUAAUAAUAUCUAUAGUAUAGGCUAGCUGUAUAGUAUAUAAUAAUAUAGUUAGAGAGCUUAGGCUUCGCGUUCAGCGACAAACGUCUAGCAAAGAAAAAUUUUACGCUACAUAGCAAUAAAAAGUAAAUGUGCUUGUUGUUUUAAGGCUAGAAUGCUUAACUAUUCCUGUGUCACAUAUGAAAGAAAAAUGACACGCAGAAAUCGAACGAAAAUUGUGCCAAGAAAAUUCGGCCUUGCCGUCUGUCUUACUUUUUUACGCAAAGCUUAAUUAAUCGCUAUUAAAAUAUCUUUAAAAUUACAAAAAGAAUCACGAGAAAUCCCAUGCGGAAAGUAUGUUGAAAUAUUAAAAUUGUAUUGCAUGUGACGUUUAGACUGGCCCUUUGCAUUCAUUUAUUAAAACUAGAGUAGCGAGUGAAAACAUGACAAUCAUGGAUGCUUUUAGAUAUCGACAUUGAGAGGGACGGAGACAAAUUUGGGAUGAUUCAAAAGCUAUCGUCACUUCUGGACAAAUUGAAGAAGAUUAGUUCAGGUUUAGCCAGGUAUAAAUUCAAAGAAACACAAAUUCUUAACAACUUACUGUAAAAGUACCUUUAAAUUAAGAAUAUUCCCCAUAAUACUUAUUUGGUUUCAUAUAUUCAUUCAUAUUUUAUUCAUAUUGAUUCAUUUACACGCCAAAGAAAAGACACAAUUAAUGUACGUGUACAUGCAUGUCAACUAUAUGUACACCAAAACUGCCAAUAUAAUAUUUAAUUUUUAAAGCCUUGUUUUUACCUUUCAACCUUUCUGUUUUCAUACAUGCAGUUACGAGCGUCAUAAUUCGUUGGAAAAUGCUUUUACAAGAUUUUCGAUUAAAAGAGGCACAGCACACAACGACGAAGAAGGAGAUGCCAUAACCGGACCAAUCCCACUUUGUAUUCCAAACAACUAUCAAUGGGAUAGCAAGAUUGGAAAACUUCAGCUUCUCGAUAGUGUUCAUCGCACAGGAUUAGCAGCAUGCAAUGAAGGUCUUGAGUUCUUACGCUCCAUUACUGGCCCAGUUUGCGUUGUAUGUGUCGUUGGGCCAGCUCGUACAGGAAAGUCGUAUUUGCUGGGGCAACUGCAAGGAAGCGUUUUUCGUCUUGGUCAUACAAUGAAAGCAGAAACAAUGGGUAAUAUUUUAGUUACUUCAUAUUAUAGAACAAAUUGCUAGCGAAAUCUGGGCGGUCAGGAUAAAAAUUCUCCUAUAUUAACACUCACUAACCGGGUUGACCACUGAUCUCGGAUAAAUGAAGGCAAUGGAUGCACAUUGGUGUGACCACAAAAAAUCCACUGUGGUGUUGCGGUCAAAGCGUUUAAAAAACUCAUUACAACAGGUAUGGGAAGCUAUGCCUUAAUGUCUUUCAAGUUAAAUAGGGAAAAACAUGAAUGGCUUGAAAUAUAUUCAAUUCCUUCUUAAAACUGCGGCGUAAAGUUCAAAUCCAGUGAGACUGGUUAUGUUAACGUUGCCAUUACCAACGCGAGCUAUUGUAAGGAGCAGACAAAACAUUAAAAAAAUCGUUCAGGGAAGCUGGAUGACAUUUGCACAAAUAUACAGGAACCAAAAUGCCAAAUUCAUCCCGUUUACCAAGCUGUCUUGCUAAACUAGCCAGCCUGGCUCUCAUUAUCAUACAAACAGCAGCUCCUAAUUUGUCAUUAAAAUAUUCUGGAAGUCCAAUCAUUUUUAAUUGCCACUGGUCGUUUCUAGGUUUGGCCAAUAAAUCUGAUGGAAGGGGGAGGGAAACCUGAAAGGGAGACUAGUUUACCAGGGGAGUUUAUUGCGACAACUCGUUUCAAGGUUUUGCUGGAAACCUGGUGUGAAGGGGAUUAGUGAUAUGUCAAGAUUGAUAUACUAUUAACUUAGAGGGAGUUAACUAUUUGCAUGAAGACUUUCCAUUACGUCCAAAAUGGAGAACACCUCUUCAAUAUACAUUCACUGUACUUGAUGGAUGAGCAAAAAUUGGAACGAUUCGGCUAUUUAAUUGUGAAUCGAAUACAUUUGGUCCUGACUCCUGAAACGGUCCACAUGUCGUUAGUUUUUGUGUCAAUCGUGCGGUACCCAAAUACUGUGGUGCAUUCCGGAAAGAGUUAAAUAAUAAGGCUCUGCCCUGUGAAAUUCAGCGCACACGACUUAUCUAAAGGUAUCGUUGAGAUCACUUGUUGUCAUAAAGAUUCUGUCUAUACUAAACGUCAUCAGUGAUUUUUGGCAAUAAUUCAACUUUGCAUGCAUCUAAAUAUUAUUAAUAUUUUUAUUUCAAGGCAUUUGGAUUGGAAAGAAAGCAAUCAAUCACAGAUUGCCGACAGGAGAAGAGACCACACUUGUAUUUCUGGACUCUGAAGGCAUAGGUUCUAUAGACGGCAAGGAUUCGACUGAUGCAACGGAUAACCAAAUUUUUACACUCAGUGUUUUACUGAGCUCGUUGCUCAUCUAUAAUAGCAAAAAUGUUCCUAACAAUUCUGAUUUGGAAAAGCUCCAGUAAGUAGCCUAUUCAUCUCAGGAUCAUUGUAGGUCAUCUUCAUUUAUCUUCAUAACUGAAAUAUAACGUGGAAUCAUGCAGUUAACGAAGAACGUUUGAUGAUAACCAUGGCAGCUAAAUGCUUGUUAUAAUUGGGAGUUUUACCUGAGAAAAUUUCUUUCAGAAUCUACUGUGAUGAAAUCAAAAGACUAAAAUCCAAAUGAAAUUCUAAAAUUUCAUCGAUUAUUUUUCCUGGUUUAACAUUACUAUAGACAUUUUGCAUAAUGACGUCACAAGGCUUGAAGCCCCUGAGGAAUGCUGGUCUUAGUUGUCAUCGCCCGGGAAACUUUCGAUAGUGGCCAUUUUGAAUUGUUCAAUUUUCCUGGGCGAUGUCUACUAAGACCAGCAUUCGUCGCGGGCAUCAAGCCUUGUGACGUCAUUAUGUAUAAGGUCUAUUCUUUUACCUGUAUUGCUACAAUGUAAUUAUAUGAUUUCAACGUCGUUACGUUAUUACAUGGUUCUGAAGUUUUUCAUUCACGGCAAUCAUGUUAAUUUCCGACAGAGAGCGGAAACAUGUCGGAUAUUGUUACAACUAGGUGUUCCAAUGAAUCGUCCACAAGCUUCCCGUUUUCCUCGUUUUUGUACUUUCUUUUACGUAAUUAUCCAAACACAUUGAAGUUUCCUCUUCACUUCUUCACUUAGCUUUGUGUCCAAGUUAUCCGAUAGCAUUCGUGUUCGUAGCAACGCCGAGAAUACUCGUGAGGAUGUCGCGAAAUUUAAAGAGUAUUCGCCUGAGUUCGUUUGGCUCAUCCGAGACGUUACACUUGAAACUACCGACGAAAAUAACAAACCUGUGGAUAUCAAAACUUAUCUUGAACAAAAGGUACUGUAAGGUCCAAUAUAUGACAAACUACAUUCAUCCAUUCUUUCAACCUAAGGAUGAACUAAAUCGUCUGUGCGCAUGUGUAGAACAUUCAGGUUAUCUACACACAUUACUAAACAAUCGAUCGAAAAUAUUAAAUGUGAAUUUUUGUCGUCCUCAGGCGGUUCAACGUUGAGAUAUCUAUCAUGUCGGGAUAUAUAGAAUCUUGAAUAUAGAACGGGUUUAUGAAACGUUAAUUGCUCAAUAUAAUUCGUAAAUAAAUAAAUUAGUAACUUGCAGUAUCUUAUCGUGUGAUUGCUUACAGAUUAAGUCUAGUAAAUCUAUAAGGUAAGCGUGAUUCCUUCCGCCUAAUUAUAAAAACUUUAAAAUACCACAAAAAUGCAUCAGAAUUUAAGGUUCACCCAACGGUGUGUGCACUUGAAGCAAAACUGUUGUACAGAUCUUCAGUUUAAACAUACAUUGGAACAAUAUGCUAAAUAUGAUACACAUCACACAUUAUACAUUACAAAUCUUAUUAUUAGCAUGACAAAAUUACCGGAUGCUGAUUGGUUGAGAGGAGUACAAUUAUUUCAUUAAUUGUACUGCAGUACAAUUGAUGAUUUUCCCAAAACAAACAAAAUGGCGGAAAGGUAUUUUAAACACAAAUGUGAAAUGAAAUUGCCCUGGAGGAACUAGAUGAAAAUACGACAAAAGCACCAAAUUUUGCUUUAACAAAAGAACUAAAUGAAAAUUCGAACAAAAGCUCUAAAUUUUGGUUGAAAGUCUGGCAGGACUGGGCUUUGGCGAGAGAAUAUGAUGUUGACAUUGAGAAGUAUGCGUAUCCAAUUUUGUCAUGCUAAUAAUAAACAAGUAAUCAUGCGAUGUUGCUCGUACAAUUAGAAAUUAAUAGCACUCGUGAUGUUUGGAAAUUUGCCAAAUUGGACUUGCCCCGGCGGCUCGUCCAAUUUUGGCAAAAUUUCCAAACAUCACUCGUACUAUUAAUCCCUAAGUGUACUCGCCAUCGCAUGAUUACCUAUUAUAAAAUAACAUGUACAUAACGCGUAUUCUGAUUGGUCGAAAGCCGUGUUUGGAUCAGGCCAUCCAAACACGGAAGACUAUCGUGUUGUUGUUAUUUUAUAAAACAAUUACUUUAUGGUUUCCAUGUUUGGAUGGAAUGAUCCAAACACUUGGGAAUGUUGCUCGAGUUAAGAAAAGCGGGCAAAAUCACUCGCCUUCGGCUCGUGAUUUCGCUCGCUUUUCUUAACCCUCGCAACAUUCCCGCGUGUUUGGAUCAGGCCAUCCAAACACGGAAACCAUAAAGUAAUUGUAUAUACUAACUACACAAAUUAAUUAGAAAAAGUUGAUUUAUAGGAUCGCCUUCGGGAGUCCGAACGAAUUUUGACGUAAUUGAUUAAUUUCUCUCUUUAAUUGUCUGAAAGAAAAUUCCUCAUACGUUCUUUAGAAAUUCAUUCCAUAACACACUGUCCACUAUAAAUGAAACUUUGUUUCCGUGAUUUUGGGUACAUUGUGUGCAGUUUUGGUAUAUUACUAGAAAAUACAUGCAUGCAUGCAGAAAUCCCUCGCCUUGCUGACAAAACCAUUGUAUUUUCCGAACAUGAAGUAUUUAAAGCAGUUGUCAUCAUGUCAUGGUAACACGAUAAUUUUGUUAAGAAUAUUUUUACAAAUGAAAAAUCCCCUAAAAAUAUCACUUUUAUAAUUACAAAAUUAUCAAUUCCCCAAACAUCUAUAUGUUAGGUAUGUUAUUAUACGUAAUUUCAAACACUCAUUAAUAAUUCAUGCAUAAGCUUAUUGACAAAUCAUGUCAACCAUAAUAUGUCACGUGCAGGUGGCUUUAAACCUGAUAAAACACUCCUAAUUAGUAUUCUUUAUAUAAAGAAUACUAAUAAGGCAGAGUCUAUUGUAGUCGUGUCCUCAUUAGAUGCUCGUUUAUUAAACAGUACAUAAGCUUCAAUUUAAGGUAGAAUUCAACCUCAAACGCUUCGCAAGACGUUUUAAACAUAACUGUUAUGCGAUAAUCAUAUGAAGAUCAUGAUUACUGAUCACUUUCUUUCGCUUGCCAGAUCCUAAAGAAGGAAAGGGGAAUAUCAGAAGCUGUUCAACGAAGAAACGAAAUUCGUGAUAGCAUUAGAUCAUUUUUUAAAUCAAUUAAUGCAUUUACUCUGCCUGUGCCAUCUCAUGAAAAGGAAGUAUUGAGAAAUAUGGGAAAGCCAAAUAACAACAAGAAUCUAAAUGGAGAGUUUUUGGUGAAACUAGAUAUCCUGAAGACGGUUAUUGCUGAAAAAUAUCAUUCGAAAAAGGGAAUCAAUGACUCACUCCUCACAGGAACUCGUAAGUUGAUAUGGUUUUUACUUUAAAUAUAUGGGCAUUUAUACUACGGCUGUUUAACUUGAGGCACGAUAUAGAAGCAUUCAAUUAUAAUCCCGUAAUUCCUGCUUAAAUGAAGGGACUAUAAAUGCUAGUCUGGAUCGAAUCCGAAUUUUCCAGAAGGCACAUUCGUCAUAACAUUCAUAUAAUUAUAACCUAAAAUGUGUUAAUUCAUGAUUAUAAUAUUUAAGACUGCAUGGUCUGCAUACGACUGACAUUUAUACAUUUCAACUGAAUUUAUUAUCUUUAAGUCGAGGGAAGCUUUUUUAUAUACCAUUGGCAGGAUGACCAGCUUGUACCGACUAGCAAUACAAAACCGAUCUCAGAAAAGUUAAAGAAUCUUUGGACAUGUCAUACUUACAAGAUUAGAGUCACACCAUUGUAUCGCGAGCUUUUGUUAUAUUAAUCCAACAAAUAACGAUAUAUAAAAUACCGUGUUUGGUUCAUUUUCAAUAAGAAUCAGCUAAAAGAAGCAAGGAUUCUCAAAGGUUGGUUUAAGUAUACGACGGGUUACAAAACUGAAUAUUUCCAGAUUAAUUGAUCUACUUGGCCCACACAAUGGCCGCCAGCAGGAAAUUGAGCCCACAAUACUAUAUGGUGUGAGAUUGUACCACUUCCUGCAAAUAAUCACCGGUUCCAUAUAUCUAUAUUUAUCAUAGCAUCCCAAACUACAAAGCAACGUCCUAAUCUGUUUAGUGCAAUUCCAGUAUCAUGCUGCACAUGCAGUACAGCUCCACACUUAAUACAUGUACCAUGUUAAGUUCUCCUGUAUUUAAACACGAUUGCUUAAAAUGUAAAUAUAUGCAGCUUGAAUAUAUUUUAACUGCAUGCAUGCAUGCAUGCAUGCAUAAUGCUAUUAUAAUACAUUGUAGUUGGUAAAAGCAAUUUGAUUGGCUAAGAGCUUACAGUUAAAUCGCGCAAUCACGCAACCUACAGAAAAUUCAGUUAUCUGCUGGUAGAUAGCUGAGUUAUCCGCAAAUGAGCCUGCGAUGGUUAGCAAGCGGUAUCUAUUUAACACAAACAAAUGUAUAAUAAAACAAUUAUUGAACUCGGUUUUUGCGACAUGCAAAAUUAUCAAGGUCUCGGUAAGCGUUAUCAGCCUCGCCUUCGGCUCGGCUUCGGCUCGGCUGAUAGCGCUUACCUCGACCUUGAUAAUUCCACAUAUCACAAAAACCUCAUCCAAUAAUUGUUAAUUAUCCAACAGCUAUUACGAUACUGCACAUAAUUUUGGUACUGCACAUAAUGCUCCUAAUAGGCAAUUCCAGCUUUUAGUUUACGCGUGCAGGGGACGAUGGGAAGUAAGGUAUCACAUUGCUGAUUAUGCUGAAAAAUAGAUAUGGUGGCCGUGUAAACACGGAGUGAUAGCUUAUACUUGUAAAUAUUACAAUAUUUCGGUUGUUUCGGUAGUUUUUAUUGAAAUAUUUCAGCAUAAUCAGCACUGUGAUACCUUACUUCCCAUCAUCCCCUGCAGGCAUAAACUAAAAGCUGGAAUUGCCUAUUAAAACCUCAGUUUAUUGAUUCUUUUAAAUAUCAAAUAAUCAACUAACUUUUCAGAGCAUCUUUAUAACGACAUCUGUUUAUAGAACUGGCAGAUAUGCUUGAAAGCUAUACUCAUGCUUUGAAUACCAAAGGCUAUAUUCCAGAUUGGCAAUCAGCUUGGGAAUUAACCGUCAAAAUAGCGUAUAAAAGAGCUGGUAAGUUCUGCAAUUAGUAGUUUUGAAUUGUAUUCGAUCGGAGUAUUGAAGUGGUUUUUCCAUUUAUGAAAACAAAGAUUAGUUGUAUAGAUUUAGUGUGUAGAUCAAAGUGUAACAUCUAAUUAAAAAUGUUGCGUAAUGCACUCAAUUUCAAUACUAUAUAAUUAUUUUUAAAUUUAUAAUCUGAUUCCAACGUAAAAUUCUAACGCCUGUAUUCUAAAAGCUCACUCACCCUCACACUCGAUGAGUGGAAGUUCGAUCUGAGCAUCUCUCGAGUAUCAUUGCUGUUUUUGAAUAGCUGGAGGGUUAGUGUCGUAUCUUACUAUGUGACUACUCACCCUCCAGCUAUUCUUGACACUCAUGUAAGAGAAGCUCACAGCAGAUUGAACUUCCAAUCAUUGAGUGUGAGUUAGCUUUUAGAAUACGGGCGUAAGUCCUCGUCAAAAGCUUGCCGCUUGAGCCCUUACGGGACUUAUAUGCAGUCGGUUAGGUGGAAUGACCCUCAAAAUAUUUUUUUUAUAUUCAGUUAAAACUAGCAAUAAAGUUUAAAUGGUAUAUUAUGAAAGUCCAUAGAAAAGUAUUUACAUUUAUGUGAGUUCGACAUAUGCUGUUGCCAUGGUUACCAAGAUAACAGCUCGAAACGCCUUGCAGCGGACCAUUGCGCCAAACAUGAUAACUGGAAAGGAAUUUAAGAUUUGUCUAUGAAACUUUGGGAAAAUAAUAAGCGCUACUAGACCCAUGCAAUGAACUAAAAGAUUUUAAAUCAGAUAAAUAGUUUCUAAGUUCUGAAUGAAACAAUGUUGUGCCUGAAAUUUAAUCAUGAUCAGCAUGAAUUUUCGCUUAUAGCACAAAAAGUAUUUGACCUAAUGACUUCAUUCUAGUUCAUUGCAUAGCUUUUGAUGAAGUAAACAUCCUCUGAAAAUUUUAGCCGAAUCUGUUAAAUUGUUUUUGAGAUAUCAUUGUUGGCAGUUUACAAACCUUGCGAAAAUCGUUUAUUGGAGAAAAUACAGUUUAAACUUUUCAUACUAUGUAAUUGGCUACCAAAAACACUUCAUGUCCCUAAAAGUCAAUAGAACUCUCCAGCACCUUACUUUACUCUCUCCCCCUGUUUGUUUUUGUCAUACUUUUGUUUUAUCAGUCCUCUCAUCACUUUACGCCUCUUUUUAACUUUGGGCGUGGAUUUGUGUUCUGCAUGCGAAACUCUCAACUUGUCUUCAAGUUGACAAGCCACUUCUGUAUACUUGUCAGGAGUAACAUCCAGUAAAUUUAAAAGUUCAAUGAUUGCUUCUUUUGCAAAAUGUAGUCAGUGACUCAGUGCCUCAACAUCAAGAACUUUCCUUGUAUCCAUCGACAUAACCGUAACACACCCGUUACAUGAUGAAUGUCCCCUUCGUUGCCAGGUAACGUCACAUCAAAUACCACAGUUUACAGGAUUUGUUCCAUCAACAUCUUCAUUUUGUUGCAAAACACGCACUUCUUUUGCAGCUGCUUUCAUGCUCUUCUUAGCAAACUGUCUUUGCAUGCUUAGCAAUGACACGAGAUGACUUCUUGAAAGACUUUGGUCUAGGUGUUCAUGACAGAGCAAACCUUUGAUGCACCAGCAUGACCUUUGCCAAUCAUUCGCAUUCCAUACACUAAUCGUCAAUUUACUUCAAAACUCUUUUGUUUUUCGUUUUGAAAUCCAAGACAAAUGCAUCCAUUUGCAGAUUUGGCAAGUGAGGUGGAGUUUAGAAGCACAACCUUUACGUUUGAUACUAUUUUCUUCCAUUGUGUUAUAUACAUUCUGGGAAGCUGACAAAUAUGGAAAAAACAUUCUUUUCUCGCUGGAAUUCUGCCGAAUACGAGGCUGAAGCUUCCUGUAGGACACUGAAAUUCCAGCUGGAAUGGCGCCCACGUUGCCCUCAUCAGCACUCAAAGAAACCUCGCUUUCCUCGUUAUUUUCUUGCAUUACUGGCUCACCCUCUCCCUCAUAUAUUCAACACGAGAACGUUUAGUAUGUCGAUUGCCACAAAAUUGGCGUUUUUUACGCUUCUGUGUAGCAAAUUUUCCCAUUUUAUUUUCGUAAAAUAACUCUCGAUCACAAUGUUAGAAAGAAUGUUGUUUUCAUUUCGUCUGCGCGUUUCGUAGGGGGCCUGGGGAAAAGCUUAGAUUAGAGCCCAGUCUUCCCUAAAUACCCCACGCUUUUUACGGAAAAUUUUGUAAAUAAGUUCGCUUUUAUAGGCAAGAAACAAAGGGUAAAGAAAUUUUUUUCCAUAGCAACGAGUGAACAUCCAGUAAAAAGCCCUUUAAAUAAACACAUUUUAGGCAUAAAAUCAUGGAGAAAGCAACAUAGGAGUAUAUUUUAAUAACAUAGGCAUCAUAUAAAACCAAAAACAAUUUUUUUAAUUUUUUCAAAAAUUUGAGAAAAAUUUGAGGGUCAUUCCACCUUUUAAUAUUUAGAGGUAACUUGGUCACGUAUUCAAGUGCGGAGGCGUCCUUCAUAACGCAUAUAAAAUAGCUAGUGUCUGGAGAGAUUUGGUAAGACUGAAGUUACAUUCAAGAAAAGGUGUGACUGUUUUGCCGAAACAGUUUAAUUUGAUGAAAAUCCUAAUCGGGAGUAAUUCCUGACAUUUCCCUCGGCUAAUUUAUAUUUAUUAAAUUUAUAUGUAUAUAACUUAUAUACAUUUUAAUUGGAUGGUUUCGAGUGCGAUUUUGAAAAAAGAACAUGCAGUGAGUGAACUGCAUUGCCAGUACAAAAUUAAUUGCAUAGACUACUUUUAGCCAAUCAGAAUUGAGUAAUGAAGAUUAAUAUAAUAAUAUUAUUUAUAUACAUGACGAAGUUAUUGCAAUCUGAUUGGUUAAGAGGAGGGCGAUUAUUUCAUUAAUUGCACUCAAUUGGAGUAUUCACGUGACAUCAAUACAGGGGGGGAGGUUAGCUAUAGUUUUUCCAUAUAUAAUAAAUAUAAUAAAUAGAUAAUCACACGGGCAAGUCAUGCAAUUAACGAUUAACACGUGAUUUUUGAAAUCAUACUCGUGAUUUUUGAAAAAUGUGCCAACUCGCACUCGCCUCGGCGGCUCGUAGUAUUAAUCAUUAAUUGCACUCCUUCCCGUAUGAUUACCUACACUAAUUACAUUAUAUUAAUUAUUAGCAAUAAUAAUAUUAAUUUUAAUAUUAUUUUAACAAUAAUAAUAAUAAAUGUUAAUAAUAAUCAGUGAUUAUGUUCAUCGUUUUGUGUACUUCUAGGUGAGAAAGCAUUUGUAACAUACAAAACGUGUUUGAACCCAUUAACUUCAACAUUUCCCUGUGAAGAAGAGAACAUCAUGAAAAAACAUGAAAAUGGCAUGAAGGAAGCCAUUGAAAUAUUCAGAAAGGAAACACUGAUGGACUCAGACGUUGACAAUUUCGGAGCAAAUCUCAAGGAGUUCACGGUAUAUCGCGAUUUUUUAUUUUUCAUACCUUAUUAUAAUCAUUAUAAUAUUAAAGUAAUGAAGACGGAAAUUAUUCUGAUCUGCAUUACCAGAAAUUAG